AUGGAGCUAUUCGCAGUAAAUCGGUACAAUGAAGUUAAACUUACCAAAGAGGAUGAAUCGGUCCAAGAAGAUUUAUUUCUACAUCGCCUCGAGUCGCGAAUCAGGAAUAAAGAGAAACAGCAGGAACAUGCAAUAUCCACAAAUAAGCCGGAUUUAACAAAUGAUGAGGUGAACAACAGUAAAUCCGACGAAGAAUUGAGUUUUAUGAGAGAUCAACAAGUUGUUGGUGAUUAUUUGAUUUUAGAUGAUAACUCUAAGAUAAAAGAUGGAACAGAUCAGCUAGAUCAAGAAAGUUCCAAAACGAAUGAGCAAGAAUUUCAAUUGCUUGGUAAUAACCGUUUCGAGAAACGCAAGGAAGUAGAAAACAUAUUGCCUCCAUGGCUAUCUCAUCCAACGAUAAUAGAUAACAAUUUUGCAAAAAAAGGAAAGUCGAUUAAAAAAUUGUCAUAUCUCGAUGAACAGCUCAGAAUAAACCUCAAAAACAUGAACUACAAAAGACUUUUUCCGGUUCAGGAAGUUGUUAUACCGUGGAUAUUGGAUGCCCAUCAAAAACCCGCACCUUUCUGGCCUCGGGACGUUUGCAUUUCUUCGCCAACAGGUAGCGGUAAAACUUUAGCUUUCGCUGUUCCAGUUGUUCAAUUACUACUAGGUAGGGUGGCCCCUGCUGUACGAGCUCUUGUGAUUUUACCAGUGAAAGAAUUAGCAGAACAAGUAUUUGAUGUGUUUGAAAAACUCUGUAAGGGGACAAAAGUUCGGCCGCUGCUGUUAUCUCGCAAGCAAUCGUUCAGCAUCGAACAAUCUAAACUUGUCGAUUGCUUCAACGGAAAUUAUAUGCCAAAGGUUGAUAUAAUUGUAACUACUGCCGGACGUCUAGUAGAACAUCUGCACACAACGGAAGGGUUUACCUUGCGACAGCUUCGUUUUUUGAUUAUAGAUGAAGCUGACCGAGUGAUGGACCAAAUCCAAAACGACUGGCUGUACCACCUUAACAAACAUGUCAAAGAAGAGUCGGAUGAAUAUCUACUGGGGAGAACCGUUGGACAAUUGUCGCAGACAGAGUUGUUUGAUAAACCCCGCCAACCACAUAAAUUACUUUUUUCGGCAACUCUCAGUCAGGAUCCGGAAAAGCUUAAAACGUUUAGACUUUUUCAUCCCAAGCUGUUCACAGCGGUUGCCAAUCCUGAAAAAUGGUUAGCAAAUCUGUCGAAACAGCACGCCGCUGCCGAAGAGAAGCGCGGCAAAUUUGUCGGCCAAUAUGCAACACCAGCGGAACUGCGGGAGCUGAUUUGUAUAACGCAAUACAAGAUUAAACCGCUUACACUUUUCGCUUUAAUUAAGGAAAAUGGUUAUAAGCGAUUUCUGUGUUUCACUAAUUCCAUCGAUGCGUCACAUCGUUUGUCGUUUGUACUACAAAAAAUGUUCGGCACUGAACUGAUUAUUGAGGAGUGGUCCUCUUCUUUAAGUCCAGUAGCAAGGAAAAAUGUUCUCAGUCGUUUUGCUCUGGGAAAAGUAAACGGAAUUAUCUGCACAGAUGCGUUAGCUCGUGGAAUUGAUAUAGAUGAUAUAGAAGUUGUUAUUUCAUAUGACAUGCCAAGGCAUAUUAAUACUUACAUCCAUCGAAUAGGGAGAACUGGUCGUGCGGGACAAAAAGGAACUUCCAUUACAAUGUUAAUUGACGAGCAAAGGAAAAUGUUUAAUAUAAUGUUAGCUGAAGCUGGAAAGAGUAACCUAGAGUUAAUUGACAUUAAAUCUAAUGCAGAAGAAGAGUACGCAGUACCAUAUUCGAGUUCUUUAAAUGACCUUCGCGAAGCGCUUGAACUGGAAAAGCAAACUAUGAAUAAGAUUCGCAAUGGAAUAUCAAUCGCAAGCAUGACGAGGGUUAAUUUGUUAAGUAAGUUAAAAGAUCGUGCUGAGAUAGAUAACGGCAAUAAGACGGAAAUAAUCAAAUCACUAUUACACCUGCCAAAAGCUUGGAGCAAUGAAGCAAUUGAACAAAGAGCAAAUGAAGGCCGUAAACGCCCGUUCAAACGCCGUGAGGAUGAAAAAGUAAACAGAUUAAAUGACGAUGGGAAGCAAUCGACAAACGAAGGUCAGUCCUCUAAAAAACGAAAAAUAUCGUCAUGAUAGAGAUAAUUUUUGAAACCAUAAAUACCAGCGC